UCUAAAUAAACAAAUGUACCUGAGAGAAGAGUCAUGACGCGCUUUUGUUCUUCUCGUCUCCGGAGUCCCGCCGAGAAUCUGCUCCGGUGACACCUCCUUCAUUGACGCAACAGCAUCAGUGAUAUUUGAUAGAAUGGAUCCUGAUCAACCCAUAGACGCGUCAAAGCCCGAAUCACUGCGUCCGACGCGAUGGCAGUUUUUUCGCAACCUUUCCUCUUGCGCAAAGUCGCUGAUCCUCUUGAGCAUUGCGGGCGUGGCACUUUUGAUCAUUAUUGCAGUCGUCGCUUUCCUGUAUCUGCCUCGCCAUGUGCCAAUGGUUCUUCUUCAGCAAGGUACUUACCAAGGUGUAAUGAUGUUCCGCAGUGAUUUCAACACGGCCGUUGAGGGGUUUAUGGGUAUCCCUUAUGCACAUUCACCGUUGGGAGAACUGAGGUUCGCUCGACCUAGACCAGUUUUCAAUUCGAAUGAAACGUUUAAAGCUUCAAAGUACGGUCCAAGUUGCCCGGGGACUUCUCUGACCAAUUCGUCUGAGUCUGAUAGUAGCAGUGAAGACUGUCUCACUGUCAAUGUCUUCAGACCAGCUCUCGAAAUCAACGAACCCCUUCCUGUUGGGGUUUACUUCCACGGAGGAGGCUUCAGUCGUGGCGCGGCUCGAAAUCACGAUACUGCAUCCAUGGUUUCUUGGGCUGAACCAUUCAUCGGCGUUUCGUUCAAUUAUCGACUUGGUGCAUUAGGAUUUCUCAACUCAGAAAUGAUGCACGAGCAAAAGGUCCUCAAUCUUGGCCUUCACGAUCAAGUGAUGCUUUUGGACUGGGUUCAGCAGAACAUUGCAGCAUUUGGAGGGGAUCCAGAACAAGUCACCGUCUUUGGCAACUCUGCUGGGGCUCAUUCGAUUGGACACCAUCUUUAUAACAACAAGACAGUCUUCCACCGUGCAAUCAUGGAAUCUGGAGGGCCCUUUUCCAGAGCGCUCCAUCCAUAUAACUCGACCCUCAACGAAAAACAAUUUCAGACGUUCAUGUCGGAGGUCAACUGCACAGACAUUAAAUGUCUGCGCAAGGCCAACAUCACGAACAUUCUCAAUGCCUCGGACACGGUGUUUAGUCGGUGGGGUCCUUCCUUGCGGUGGGCAUGGCAGCCUGUCAUCGACGGCGAGCUAGUACCUGGUCGACCACUGGAGAAUACCCCUCGCAAUGUGACCAUCCUCACCGGGUUCAACACCAACGAAGGAUCGGUAUUUGUGCCUCGGAACUUGUCAACAUCUACAGAGUUUGAUAACUUCUUCAACACUCUGCUCCCACAGCUCAACCGUUCCACCCUCAACACCACUGGCGCCACCGCUCCUACCAUCAACGAGACCGUCGCCGAGAUAUACCCUGAAAAGGAGUACGUGGAGUGGAGGAAGGUGGGCAAGCAAUUCAGACGAUUAGAAGCCGCGUACGGCCAAUAUGCAUAUUCUUGUGCAGUCAGACAAAACGCCGCCAUCUUCGAUAAUGUCUACCUAUACCAUUGGGCGGUGAACCGAACGGUACUGGGGGGCGCUAGCCAUGGCGACCAGGUGUCAUAUGAGGUGAUGAGCAAUGACGUGAGAAGGAUCUCAAGCACCCAGCGCCAACUAGCUCGACUGUUUCACGGCUACAUCACCAGUUUUAUUGUCCAUGGAGACCCGAAUGGUGGUUAUGAUGAUGAUGAUCGGCCGAACUGGAGCCAGGUCAGCGACCGGAACAAAACCAUGAUUAUCGGCCUAGGAAAUAAUGAACGAGCAGGGGGUUCGUCCAAGGGUGUUGUAGCACAGUUGGUUCAUGACACCUGGGCCAUUGACGAAUGCGAGUACUGGAGCGUCCAAAGCCGCAAUUAUGAGGACUGAUAUUGCUUAUGAUUAUGAUGAUGAUGACACAUGUAUGAUAGAUAAUGUAAAAUGUAUAGCCUGAACUUUCGCGGCGUUAUAUAGCCAUUCU